UGUGUGCCGGUAUGAUCCUUUUAAAAAGGACCAUUUACUACUUACGAUUUAGAUUCAAUUAGAUUGAAGAGCGACAGUCUUCCAUCAAAUGGAGACUUGGUGCUAAUCAUUGCGGUGAAAUGUUUGUCCUGGCAGAACUUAAAGACAACGUGCGGAUAGCACCGGAACUGUUCGGCUUAAAACUUCCCGAUGCAAUCAAGGAUCAGAUCAACAGAAAACUGGCCAAUAAGGUACUGCUAAACGUUGGCCUCUGUAUCGCGCUCAAGGACAUCGUGAAGUUGGGAGACUCGAUCAUACUGCCCGGUGAUGGUGCAUCGCACACGGAGGUUAACUUUCGCUACAUCGUGUUCCGGCCGAUGGUGGGCGACGUGAUAACGGGCAAAAUUCGAAGCUGCAGUCGCGAAGGUGUGCACGUUACGCUCGGAUUCUUUGACGACAUUUUGAUACCGCCAUCGGCGCUGCAACAUCCUUCGCGCUACGAAGAAACGGAACAGGCGUGGGUCUGGGAGUACCCGCUGGAGGAUGGCAACACGCACGAUCUGUACAUGGACAUUGGAGAGAGCAUAAAGUUUCGCGUGUCGGGCGAGCUGUUUGAGGAGAGCUCACCGAUCGGUCCGCCCGAUCAGGAAGUGCCUACGGGCGCCGCCGGUUCCAGUUCGGCGGCGGGCACUGGCAGCAGUGCCGUGGGGCAGGAGGGCAAUAAAACCCCGUACCGCAUUGUGGCGGCUAUCAACGAAUCGGGACUGGGGCUGCUGUCGUGGUGGGCACAGCAGAAUCAGGACGGCGACGGUGACGAGGAAGAAGCUGAUGGCGACGAGGAAGAGCAAGACCCGCCGGAGGGUCAGGAAAUGUCGGCAGAAGAUGAAUAAACUUACCCUUCUGUUCGGGCACCUCUCAUGUCAGUUCCAACUAGAUUCGGAUGAUGGUGUGUGAAAAAGUUGCACGAUGGCAGUUUCUUUUACGGGAUUCUUAUUGAGUUUUGUAGCUCUCGUACAGCUUUCGGCUUUAUACAUUUCGGUCUCUAUUAAAGUUUUCUCUUUAUGGUUUUGAUACUUUUGCUUCUGACCAGCUUCGGACAGCAGGGCAGCUUGGGAAAGUGUGCUGUAAUUUAAUUUUGUUUUCGCUUAAGCCAAUGGUUGC